CUUACACCGUAGCCAUCGGUCGUACUUAUAACAUUUGCACUCCCAUGAAGUCGUCUGCACUUGAAAUCUAGAAUAUCCUCUCACCUUCAUCCCAUUCAAACACGCCACGCCCGACUCUUGUCAAGUGGUCAAGGACAGCCCCCACUGAUACAAGCUCCCAACCCCAGUCCCUCGCCAAGAGCCCCUUCAAAACAUACCGCCAGCAUGGCUACCAACGGCAAGCCGCAAUAUGACCCCAACUUCACGGACAGCGUCAUCGCGGCAACCGGCCCCAAGGCCAGCCCGCGUAUGAGGCAGGUCAUGAGCUCCCUCAUCAGGCACGUGCACGACUUUGCCCGUGAGAAUGACAUUACCGUGUCCGAGUGGAUGCAGGGCGUCGAGCUGCUCAACCGGUCCGGACAGAUGUCCAACGACCGGCGGAACGAGACACAGCUGCUCUGCGACGUCAUUGGCCUGGAGAGUCUGGUGGACGAGAUCACCAACAAGCUGCUGGUGGGCGCCGACUACGAGACCACCAAGACCGCCAUCCUCGGCCCCUUCUUCAGGAAGGACACGCCGCCCACCGAGAACGACGCCAGCAUCAUCAAGACCAUGCCCUCGGAUGGCGAGGUUGUGUACAUGCACGGGAUUGUCUCGGAUGCGGCAACGGGCAAGCCGAUCGAGGGUGUCCAGGUGGACAUCUGGCAGUGCAGCACCAACGGGCUGUAUGAGCAGCAAGACCCAGACCAGGCCGAGUUCAACCUGCGAGGGAAGCUCACUACCGACAAGAACGGAUACUACGGGCUCUACUGCAUCCGCCCAGUACCGUACCCAGUACCCUACGAUGGCCCGGCAGGAGAGCUCUUGCAGCUCCUGGACCGCCACCCAUACCGCCCAGCGCAUAUCCACAUCAUGGCCGGCAAGGGGGAUGAGUACUCACCACUAGUCACACAGAUCUUUGACAAGAAGACAAAGUACCUGGACAACGAUUCUGUCUUCGCUGUCAAGGACGAUCUGGUGGUUGAUUUCGCCCCAGUGAAGGAUCACCCCAAAGCCUCGCUGGAGCUGGAAUACAACAUUCGCUUGGCAGGUCAAAAGGCUUGAUUUUGCGGUCGACGUCAAAUUGAAUCGUUCUAGGUGAUAUUGAUAUCUAGCUACUCAAGUACCUGUCUGAAAAUCAAAAUUGUCCGACUGGAGCGUUUCCAUCAAAA